AUGGCGCCGCCGGCCGAGGACCUACCAGACCCUACGCUAUGUACAGGCUACGAUUUCCCCAACCUCCCGCCGCCGGAGCGGCUGCCGGAGGCGGAGGAAAACAAAUUGUUGAAGAUGCUAAACGCAAAAGGAGUUGAGUACAGGUCCGGUAAAGAUUUCCGCAAAAAAAAGCCUCUGCCUCCCCCCACGCGAUCUCAAUCCUCCUCCAACCGAGCGACUCCCAUCCCGUGCGACGGUGACGAUGCUGUUGGGCCGGUGGCGGUUCUGUCGGAGAGGCCGUUGCUGGUGAACGUGACGAUGGAGCGGAGCCUGUGUCCGGUGCACGUCGUGCUGGGAGCCGAUGCCACCGUGGCUGACCUCGCGCGUGCCGCUGUCGCCGCCUACAUCGCCGAGGGACGCAGGCCGCCGCUCCCCGACGACACCAACAACGUCGACGCGGCCGCACUGUUCGAGCUGCAUCUCUCCAAGUAUCCCCUCGACGGGCUGAACCCUGACGAGAAGGUGCUGGAUCCGAAGUGA